AUGGACAAACUAAAUUAUCAAAGUAUGGUCAAUUUAUUUGCAAUAUUUACUAUUGGCGCUUUGGGAAUUUUUGCCAAAGAUAUGCGGAUUAUUGGCGGUAAUAACACUCGUAUAUAUAAAAAUCCGUUUAUGGCAUCACUCAGAUAUAUAGAAUCUAAUAUAAUAUUUUGUGGAGGUUCAAUUAUCAGUAAUAAACACAUUCUGACAGCGGCUCACUGUGUUUUUCGUGAAUUAGACAAUGUAAAUUCUAUAGUAGUGUACACAGGAAUAGCUUUGACUCGUAGUACUAGUGGCUGGUCUCACACAAUUGAUACAAUUGUCUGUCAUCCUGAGUUUACUGGAGAAGAUUCAGAUGACGACGAAGAUUCAAAUGAUGAAAUAUAUGUCCAUGAUCUAGCAAUUAUUACGGUGAAUGAAGAAAUUAGAUUGAAUUUUUUGCAAAAUGUGAUAAAUCUGCCAAACAGAGAGAUCUAUGAUGAUGACAGUGGUUAUGUGUUGGGCUGGGGUUCAACAACUCAUCCGAACGAUACAUUUCCCGUUAUAUUGCAAAAAGCUUAUAUGUAUAUUUAUCCAUUAGCGAAUUGUUCAGAAAUGUAUGACUUUCGAUUACAUAUUGGACAAUUUUGUGCUUAUAACGAUGUAGGAAUCGGCCCAUGUAUGGGAGAUAGCGGUGGUCCAUUUGUUAUCGAUGGAAAAAUCGCCGGAAUAGUUUCAUUUAAUUAUCCUUGUGCGCAUGGCGUACCUGAUUUUUACACCAAUGUUUAUUUUUACAUCGAUUUUAUUAGGAAUAUUUUAAAUUCGUAAUCCACAAAUUCAU